GGUGACUGACAAGCCACAGAGCCAAUGAGUGUCCGAGAAGCGCAUGCUCUCCUCCAAUCAUUUAGCGUCAAACACAGUUGCCGGCGCCGGGUCUUUAAGGAAACCUCUUCGAUCGCAACGUGCAUUUUCUGAAAGUAAAGACUCGACUGACUUUUGUGUGCAAUGGGUCGGCGCAAGUCUAAACGAAAGCCCCCACCGAAGAAGAAGAUGACUGGGGAUCUGGACUCUCAGUUCACCUGUCCGUUCUGCAAUCACGAGAAGUCAUGUGACGUCAAAAUGGAAAGAAGCAGAAAUACUGGAAUCAUAUCUUGCACCGUCUGUUUGGAGGAGUUCCAAACCCCCAUCACCUAUCUGUCGGAGGCAGUCGACGUGUACAGUGAUUGGAUAGAUGCCUGUGAAACGGCCAAUCAGUAGCCCCCGUGAAGCUGGAGGACUUUCAGGAACUUGAAACGGAUGAGGACGGGCCCGAUCGGAUCGAGCUGGUCAGAGGACAUUUGAGAAUUAAAAUAUAUUCUAAGGUUUCUCUCUAGUCACUUGGAGAGUUUCAGUUUGUGUGAACUGCUGCAAAAAGCGCCAUGACACAAUUUCGAUGUUUGCUACGUGACCCGAUUUGUUGUCACGCAUUGAGCAAGUUUUCUAUUUUCGACAAAUUUUAUUUGUGUCCCAAAAAUUAUUUUUAACUAUUCGGCAGUGACUUUUUUUUUUAACCACUAAAAAUUGUUAAUUACCGAAACAUAUUUUUUCUAUUAGUAACCUUUUGUAUUGUAAGUAAAAAAAGGGCUCCCAUCUUAUCGUAUUUCAUUGUGAAAUCAAUAGAGUCAACUCUCUUAUUUUUUUUUUGAUGAGCAUUACGAGAAAGAGACGUGUGCGGACCGCAUUCUCACAUUUCAGGCGUGGUGUUACUGGUCGGGUCCACAGUCCUCCUCGUCCUCUCAAAGACCGUCGUGUCACAACAUUAGGUCAUUCCACUGGUUAGAGGAACGGUAAUGUGGGAGAUUAACACUUAGCUGCUAAAACCAAAGGUUUUGAAUUGUUCUUUAAUCAUUCAGUUUUUCAUUUGAUUUUAUGUUUUGAUUUUACAUGGACAAAUAAAAAAAAUAAUCAAAUAAUCUUUGUUAUGAAUCUUUGUUAUGAGCAUAUCUACCGAAUAGUUUAAUCCUGAAAUCAAAUGUUAAUAUUGGCUGUUUAUUUACCUAUGCAACAGCCAGAAGUGUUGAAAAGCAGGCUGUUUUUUCUUUAAUGUAAAGCACCUGGAAGUGUUAUCUUGGAAAUAAAGGAGCAUUAACUCUUGAUUUCA